AGCGAGAGCGCGCCUUCCUCGGUGCGCCUUCGCCAGCAUUCAGCGCGUCGCCUCGCCUCGCCUGGUCGUCGUAGUCUUCGGCGCGGGCGCUGGGAGCCCGCCGGAGCCUUCUCGCUUGCCUCGGACGCCGGGAGGAAGGCUGCCUAUUUUUGCGGGUUGGUUUUGCCCUCGUCCCGGGCCAAGGAGAGGAUGAAGCCCCGUGGAUGCGCCGGGCGGGACCUGCUGCGUCUCCUUCUCCAGGUGGAUUUAUAGAGGCGGACAAGGACGCGCCGACGGGGGACUUGGGCGUUCCGGCGCUUUUCUCCCGUGCUCUCGCCGGCCUUCGCUCCGGUCCUUGGGGCGGCGGCGGCGCGGCGGGCGUCUCUCUCCUUGGCGGGCGCUUCCAGUUGGGGAUUGCGGCUCCUCCUCCUCCAUGCCGGCGCCCGGGCGCCCGACGCACUGAGCCGGCAGGGCGAGCUCCUUCCCUGCCCGGGAUCUGGUUGUGGCUCCUUCUUCUUGGCGGAGGAAUUGUGGACGCCGCCUUCGCUUGCCUGGUCGUCGUCCUCCUCGUCGUCGUCGUCUUCCUCCGCGGAGUUGGCGAGCCUUUGGGACAGGACCCGGCGGCGGCGGCAGCGCCCCCGACCAUGGUAGCGCGCCGGGGGGGAUCCCCGUUCGGGAGGUGCUGCUGGGGGAUCUGGGUGCUUUUGUGCCGGACGGUGCUGGCCAGCUCGCUGGUGCUCGAGCCCAUCUACUGGAACUCCUCCAACUCCAAAUUCCAUCCUGGACAAGGACUGGUACUAUACCCAAAGAUCGGAGACAAACUGGAUAUUAUAUGCCCGAAGGUGGACUCUAAAACUAGUGGCCAGUAUGAAUACUAUAAGGUCUAUAUGGUUGAUAAAGACCAAGCAGAUAGUUGCACUAUUAAAAAGGACAACACACCUCUGCUCAACUGUGCCAAGCCUGAUCAAGAUGUUAAGUUUACCAUCAAGUUUCAAGAAUUCAGCCCUAACCUCUGGGGACUGGAAUUUCAGAGAAACAAAGAUUAUUACAUCAUAUCAACAUCUAAUGGAUCACUGGAAGGCCUGGAUAACCAGGAGGGAGGGGUGUGUCAGACAAAAGCCAUGAAGAUCCUAAUGAAAGUUGGACAAGUUCCCAAUUCUGGUGGGUCCCCAAAUAAUGCUGAUCCAACUAAACGCCCGGAACAGGAAGCUGGUACCAACGGGAAAAGCUCUACAACAAGUCCCUUUGUAAAGGAUCAUGCAGGUCCCAACUCAGAUGGAAGCAAGGCUGGACAUUCCAGUAUCCUUGGUUCAGAGGUGGCCUUAUUCGCAGGGAUAGCUUCAGGGUCCAUCAUAUUCCUCAUCAUCAUCAUAACUCUGGUGGUUCUAUUGUUGAAGUAUCGGCGGAGACACAGGAAGCAUUCUCCCCAGCACACGACGACACUGUCACUUAGUACAUUAGCCACCCCCAAACGCAGUGGGAACAACAAUGGGUCUGAACCCAGUGACAUUAUCAUUCCUCUGAGGACUGCAGAUAGUGUCUUUUGCCCACACUAUGAAAAGGUCAGCGGCGACUAUGGACACCCAGUGUACAUCGUUCAAGAAAUGCCCCCUCAGAGCCCAGCAAACAUUUAUUACAAGGUCUGAUGAACACUCAGCGCGGUACCUUUUUUGAAGCUCUCUCUCUCUGGUCAAAAUGCUAUCUGUGACGCGGGGGGGUGGGGUGGGGUGGGGGGUUGUGAUGAGCCCCUGCGCUGGUUACUGGACCAGGCGCAGCGGAGGGAACGGCAAGCCCCACCCUGUGACAAGAGAGCCACGUUGAGAUGGACAGCUUCCCUAGUCUGUAGAAUUCCUGCCUUGGUGAACAAGCAUUUACUUGGAAGCUGGAAGGAUUUGCAUAGAAGAUACCUGCCCCCAUUGCUGUACGUUCAUCACCUCCGAAGCCAUGUGCUGCUGGCAUCCAGACACGUACGAAAAGCCCAGGGAAGAUGGAGCAACUCACGGAUGCUAAUGGUUUUUAGGCGUUUGGGGAGGGAGUCGGAAGUCAUCAAGCUUGAAACGCAGCCCUGUGACUUUGUGUGUACUCUUAAGAGCUUGCGGAUUUGUCAUACAGACCUGCUUUUAAGUAAGACUUUUUAAUCAUCCUUCUUGCUUUUAUUCAGUCCCUGAUGCAUUUAACUUCAGUCGGGUAGCAUUCUCCACACAAGCAUUCAUUCACACUCCUCAACCUACAUCACUACUGGAAAGCAUACAAUUAUUAUUCUUUUAUUUUUGCCAUUCCAUACACCAUCCGUUUGUGGUAGCAGCCUCACUUGAAUGAUUAGUGCUUUUGGGAUGGGUGGGGAGGGGAGGGUAGAACCGGGCUUGCUUAAUAAAGGAAUCUUCCGUCCCGAAGCUAGCUUGUCAGCAGAGCCAAGAAUAUGAGGAGGAAGGGCUGAUCGACUGUUGUUGCCUCUGGAAUAUCAACUGGGCCAAGCCAGACAAUUUAGGCAGCACAGCACUUUUGAUAUCUGGAGUUCUAGGAAGCAAGUUGGAACACACAGCAACACAAGCAGCUGAAUGGGGUCUGCAUUUGAAGGAUGCCAAGGUUGUUCUCCAAUAGCAAUGUGCGGGAGAGAAUAGUUCUCUCCCUUUAAAGUAGGACAAAGAGUGUAAGUAAAUGGACGUGCCUGGGAGACAAGACAAUAGUGAUAUAUGAGGGCAGGACUGCUGGGGUACUUACUGUGCCAGCAAUAAGAUGUACAGCUUUGAAUUAGCUGUAGCAAAAUCUCGGUCUGCUUCAAAUGACAUUUCUUUUUCUUUCUUUCUUUCUUUCUUUCUUUCCUUCCUUCCUUUCUUUUUGUUGAAAAAAUAAAAAGCAGACUCCGCUGCUAUGCUUAUCACAUUUUAAUUAAUCGCAGGACAGGGGAAAUUUUGUUUAAGAAAACAGCAACAUCUGACAUAGAAAAAUCACAUGCUUAACAGUCAAGAGGGCUAUAAUUCCAUCACUUAAAAAAAAAAAGCAUUCACAUCUCUGAAUAUUAAUCAGGAUUUUAUUUUUCCUCCAAUCAAGCCUUGUUUCUGGCAGUGCGUUUGCAAGGGAGCCCUGUACUCCCGACACUGCUGCUAUCUGGGGUAUUCUCUUUCAGAGUUAAAGCACAUAUGGUAAACUGCUUACAGUCCGUAAAGAUGCAAUACAUUUAGACAUACGAGAGGGAGAUGUAAGGUAUGACUUAUUUAUAGUAGGUGUAUAGAACCCAAGGAAUAUAAAGUAGCAGAUUUUGUUAUGAUUACUAAUAUAUAUAUCUAUAUAUAUAUAUAUCUAGAGAGAGAUUGCACAGACUCUACACCAGAAGAUGUGAAGUUCAUCUGUGGCAAUGCAUCCAAUCUUAAAUUGUCAGCGCUAAAGCAAAAUGACUGGGCAAGCCUUCUUGGGGGAGGGGGGGGCGGAAAUAGCUUCACUCCAAAAAAGAACAAUACUGAGAAAAUAACAAAGCCCUCUAAGCUGUCUUGCAUAACUCGUAGACUAGGAGAGACAAGCCCCAAAAUACCACAGAAUUGGCGUAACUGCAUCAUGUAUUUAACAACCUGAUGUUCUGAUGUGGGUUUUCUUUUUCUUUCUUUUUCUGUGUUAUGUCCCUGUUUUGUUCCCGCCCCUUUGCCUUACAAGAUGGAGUCCAUUCAGCUGGUCACAAAAUACGGAGAGUUUCAGUUUAGAGUUUCUGCUUGAAGCAUGGUUGCUUGUCCUCCUUCCCACCUCUUAUACCCUGGGGGAGGGUGGAGGAGAUCUACUUUUUUAUGUGCUAUGCAAAAUAGAUGUCUUUUCACAUGGUCCUGUUACCAUAGCAACGAUUCACUUUCUGGACUGGAAAGAACAUGUAACUACAGCAUUUUAAGGUUCUCAAACCUCCACUGAGCACGUGCAAAAAAAAAAAAAAAAAGAAGUACUGUCAUAGAAAUGAUUACUCUCUGUAUUUCCUGAACCUGAAAAUGAUGUUGGUCCAAGGAGAAGCAAAGAGGAAGGGAGGGUGGAAGAGAAUCAUGGUUCUGUGGGAGGUUACCAUGGUAACCAGCUACAAUACAGAUGUAGUUCUUUCCUAAAGCCUUCCUUUCUGUGAAUCCAUCCAUGAAAGAUUUUUUCUUGUAAGUCAUUAAGAUUUGAUUUGGGGGGGGGGAGGAGAGUUAAUAGAUGGGCCUGUUUUUUUUGGUUUUUGUUUUAAUCGAGAGUAUGUUUAGUUGGUUACAUUCUGAUCAUGUACUAAACUUUUCGAGGGGGAAAUAUUGGAUGAAUCAGUGGAGAAGGAGAAGAAGAAGCAACAACCUGCAACCAGUUUUAGGGGGGUGAGGAACAAAGAAAAGAAGAGCCCUGUGUAUCUGUGUUGUGUCUUGUGCAGAAUAAUGACAAUCUUACCAACUGUUCCUUUUAGUUGGUGUUUGGUUCAGCUUUGAAAAGUUACUGUAAAUGCCUUGCUUGUGUUACCCCUUGAAUCACCUAACUUUUUGAAAUUUACACCAUCAUGUCUAAAGAGUGAAGAUGCUGUAAAUAAGUUCAAGAUUUACUGUAUAUGGAUUUGGGGUGUUACAGUAGCCUUAUUCACCUUUUUAAAUAAAUAUAAAAUAAAAAUACACAUGGAAACGAGAAUAAACAUCUUUUCUUAACCAGAUUGUGUAUAUAGAGCAACAUUGGUUUUUUAAUAAAGUCUAAGCGAGAUGUUUUGUAUAAAAUCUGACUUUUGCUAUGUAUUUAGCUACAGCUUGUUUAAAGGCCGUAUCAUUCCCCCUUUGCACAGUAUCCAGGAAAAAAAAAAGAUAAGGUAUAAAAAAGGUUGCCAAAUUGCUGCAUAUUUGUGCUGUAAUUGUGUACCAUGAAUAUUUAUUUAAGAAUUCCUUUGUCCAGUUUGUAAGUAACACAGUAUUAUGCUUGAGUUAUAAAUAAUUUUUUUCUCUCUCUUUU